CUGUACCAUAUUCCACUGGAUUUGUAGUCCAGCGCUCGACGGACUCGCAUUGAGAGUCGCUUUCCCGCCCGCCGAGGGGAACUACAACUCCCAUGAAACCACCGCAGCGCUUCUGUUAAUAUCAAUAUGGCUUCUGUCAGUCAGACAAAGGCGAAUCAGUUUUUGCCUUGAAAUGAAAUCAAAUUAGGUAAAGGUAGCGGGAGAGUCGGACAUCGUCCUGUUUUGCUGGUUCAUGUCAGGCGACGGGGAUUAAAGGGCCGGAAACACUGUCAGUCGAGUGGAAUAAAUGCUGUGGUGCACGGAGGCCCCGCACGCGCACAAUCAGAAUGUCCCAUUAUACAGAUGAGCCUCGUUUUACCAUUGAGCAGAUCGACUUACUGCAGAGGCUACGUCGGAGUGGCAUGACAAAGCAAGAGAUCCUGCAUGCUCUGGACACCCUUGACCGGCUGGACCGCGAACAUGUGGAGAAGUUUGGCCAUCGGCAUGCUCACGGUGGGACCUCCGCCAUCAAUCACAGCAGUAACGCCACCACCUCUUCCAACUCCUGCACUACCUCCUCCAACAACCUCACAGCCUCUUCUUCAACGACCUCUACAGCCACGCAGACGGGUUUCCGUGGCAAUGGCCUCUCCCCGUCUCCGAGCAACAGUUAUGAAACCUCCCCUCCGCCGACCGCCCCCACCUCUAUGCCGGUUGUAGCACCCCUGGUCCAAAAUGGACGGGACGCCCUUGCCUCUAUGUCCAAUGGGAAACUCUCGCCACCCCGCUUCACUGUUAGCAACGUCUCCUCACGGGCCUUUCCCUUCGAGCCCCCCGAUGAGGAAAUGGACAUCGAUGACCGAGUCGAGGAGCUCAUGAGAAUGGACAGUGCUAUAAUUAAAGAAGAGAUUAAAGCGUUCUUGGGGAACCGGCGAAUAUCACAGGCUGUAGUUGCACAAGUGACAGGUAUCAGUCAGAGCAGGAUCUCUCAUUGGCUUCUCCAGCAGGGCUCAGACCUCAGCGAGCAGAAGAAAAGAGCUUUCUACCGCUGGUACCAACUGGAGAAAACGACACCUGGUGCGACUCUAGCGAUGCGUCCCACACCGAUGGCCCUGGAGGACAUUGUGGAGUGGCGUCAGACUCCUCCACCCAUCAGCAGCACGCAGGGCAGCUUCCGCCUGCGGCGCGGCAGCCGCUUCACCUGGAGGAAAGAGUGUCUGGCCGUCAUGGAGAGUUACUUCAAUGACAACCAGUACCCGGACGAAGCCAAACGAGAGGAAAUUGCCAACGCCUGCAAUGCAGUAAUUCAGAAACCAGGGAAGAAGCUUUCAGAUCUUGAGAGGGUCACGUCUCUGAAAGUUUACAACUGGUUCGCCAACAGACGGAAGGAAAUUAAGAGAAGAGCCAACAUAGAAGCAGCAAUCCUGGAGAGUCAUGGGAUUGAUGUCCAAAGCCCGGGAGGUCAUUCUAACAGCGACGAGAUCGAUGGAAAUGACUACGGUGAACCGGUAGCUGCUGACCAAGUUUUGGGAAUGGUUUGCGAGGCAAAAGCAGAGGGCUUCAGACCCAUCUCUAGUUCUCUGCUUCCCUACAGGACGACAACACUGGCCCGAAUGAGCACCAGGACCCCAUCGCUCUGGCAGUAGAGAUGGCCGCCGUCAACCACAGCAUUUUGGCGCUGGCCCGACAAGGCGGAUCAGCCAGCGACAUCAAGACAGAAGUGCUGGAUGAUGAGUGAAACACGCAGCGCUGUUGUCAGUGGGGGGGAUGCUGAACGGAGAAAUGUGGGGUUACUGAAAUACAGCCAAAACAGAACUGUUAGGAGUCUGGCCCGGUCACGGAUGACCUAAGUGAACGCGGAGAUUUCUGAAGACUGUUAACCCAACAUUCCCCUCUUCCUUCUCCUCCUCAUUAAGGAGGUGCUGCGUUCAAACUGAUGAUGAAACGCGUUCACUUAAAAAACGUCACGCCACACAUCACCCUGCCAUCUCACACUCGGAUCGUGAAUUUUUGCCUCUCGGUUUCUCCUUCUUUCAGGAAGUCUUCUUUGCAGGAUAUAUAAGAGGUCAGGAUCAUAACGAAAUGUUCACUGCCUCGCUCUCUCCAGGGAAAGUGUGACGGGAAGCGAAUUCUCUCUCACUUCUUAACUUAUUUCUUUUAUGUAGGUGCGGUCCUGCGGAGCUCAAAUGGAAAGUUCGAACUUUUACGGUUGUCAUCAGGGUCCAGAAUUAACACAAAUCAACUAUUUGCCGCAUUUUACUAAGUAUAUUUAAAAAAAAUGAUAGCUAUUUGGUAGGUCUUGUUGACAAAUGACGACGUGUUUAUUAUAAGAAAUUAUUUUACAUUCAUUGCACACUGAGUCUAAAAAAUUUUGUUGUUAAAUGUUGCAUGAAGUCAAAAUUUACCAUGUUUAUUUUACAAGCACACAUUGUUGUGCAAGGUAAUCCAUUGGAAAAUUGUUUCGGUAAUCUUAAAUCAAAGUCUGAGCAUUUGCUUCAGUGUUUGCAGUGGUGGUGCUUUACUGAUGAUGUCAGAUUGAGAGCUUCAGCCACAAUAUUCUUAGCCACGCCCCUCUUACCGCUAGUUUGAUAUUAGGGAAUGAUGCGCAAAAAGAAAGCUCCGCCCCCUACUCUAUAU